AUGCUUUGCGAUACCUGCCAAAGGAUCUUUUCUCACUAUUGUGAAGAAUGCGAAGAAACUUUUGAUCAAGGUAAUCCGUAUACUGGCCACUACUUACCACAUCAUUCCAGCUUCGAUAGUUUGCAGAAAGCUAGUGAAGCAUCGUGUCAAAUUUGUAUUCAUUUAAUUCCAUUCUUUGUCUCGACAAAUACCGACAAGGUGGAUCCGGUUACAUCUGUUAGAAUCUGGAAAUCCUCGGAGAGCCAAGGAUUUGGACUUACUAUCUUCGGUCACAAAACAAGUCCAGAUCAACCUGGAUCAAAGAAUGUGGCUCGUACAUUUCUUGCAAUAUCUGAAGUAUUGAUAGAACCUACCAAGACUCAUGGACUGUCAUCAGAUCAAAUCGUUCUACCAGACUCUACCGAUUCGGUAAAGCUGCGAGCACAGAUGAGAGAGUGGAUAUCAGAUUGUUGUCACAAGCAUCGGUCAUCUCGGCGUACGCGGAAGAACUUUAGGCAUUACAUGCCGACUCGACUUCUUCAGGUCUCUGGACUUUCUGGGGAUGAUCAAAUACGUCUCGUAAAUUCCGCCGACCACUUUGACAACACACGAACCAACAAUUAUAUGACAUUAAGUCAUCGUUGGGGAAAAGGGGACUUUCUGAAACUGGAAAAAUUCAACAAGACGUCGCUUCAGAGCUCAAUACUAUUGAAGUCUCUCCCCAAAACCUACAGAGAUGCCGUUGAGGUGACUAGAUGGUUAGGCGUCCAAUACCUAUGGAUCGACUCUUUAUGCAUUGUUCAGGAUGAUGUUGUUGAGUGGCGCUUGGAGGCAAGUCACAUGGCAGAUGUUUACUCCUUCUCGUACUGCAACAUUGCUUCUACAGGUGCAUUUGACGCCAGUCAUGGACUUUGGUUUCCAAGAGACCCAAAAAUGAUAGAAGCGACGAUAGUGCAACCUCUAUGGCCUCAAGCUGCUGGUGGAUCAUUUGUAGUGAUGACGCCUGCGGAAACAAUUCAUCAUCAGUUCAUCACCCAACCACUAAUGUCUCGGGCAUGGGUUGUACAAGAACGGAUACUAGCACCCCGAGCUCUUCAUUUCUCGCCGUCUCAAGUCUUCUGGGAAUGUGAACACAUGUUCGCAUGCGAGGCUAUUCCAAAGAACUUUCCUACGGACUUCGCUGAUAUAUUUUCAGAUGGAGGAUACUUCAACCCGUGGAAUAAUAAUAUAACUUAUUGGGACGAUCUCAUACAAGUAUAUUCCUCGUGCAGCUUGACUUAUCCUGGGGACAAGCUCAUUGCGCUCUCAGGUGUUGCAAGACGAGCGCAUGAGCUGGUUCCAAAGACAUACGACGUGUAUCUCGCCGGAAUGUGGAAAUCCAGUAUUUUCAACAACCUACUUUGGCAUCUAGCCCGCCUCGAGCAUCCUCCUAGGAAAUUAUAUCGUGGAUCUGAGUACCGGGCACCUUCGUGGUCAUGGGCAUCUGUCGAUGGUCGGAUCAACAACUUCUUCAUUUACAGACAUCAAGAUAAAUACGUCAUCCAGCCACUCGCAACACUAGACUCGUACAAUAUACAAACCGCUUGUACAGACCCGUUUGGACAAGUAUUAUCAGCCAGGCUGACUCUGAACGGAUUCGUAUUCCGUGUAUGUUUCAGUAAUAUUGCCGUUCAGGAACCCGGCGGCUUAAGUCAAUCUGAAGUUCGAAUAGAAUCCAUGGAGAGCAUGAGAGGGGACAUUCUUAAGGAGGCGAAGUCAUUACUAAAUCCGUAUCUGAGAUUUGAUGACCUUACAGUCGAAAAAGGUAUCGCGAGCGGCGAGAAAUAUGACCUCCCAUUCCACGGAAUCAUCAUUCGAUCUUUGCAACCUCUGCCUGGUGUUACAUUAAAUCCUCAAAUGCACGGAUUAAUUCUUCGGGAGACAAGAACCAACGAAUUUGAAAGAGUCGGGAUAUUUCAAUUGACAACCUCAAUUACUGAGAUGGAAUCAAUGCUUUCCUCUUUAUCUGAAGAAAGAAUUGUGCUUAUUUGA